UUGCCUGCAUCAUAGUGGUGAUAGUCACAAUGGGCGCAAUGAGUAAAGAUCGAGAAUGGAUGCCUCGUUCUGAUCACAACAGACUCUCUUGGAGCUUCGCUUUCGUCGUCCUAUCGGGAUUCUUUUCUGUGUUCUGUCUCUUUGGAUUAGUAACGCAUCACCUAUCCGUCGAGAGCCGUAUUCUGAUGGAAGAUCCUAGUGUGCGUGAAAAGUUGUUGGGAUCAGAUGCAAAAUCGACCCACUUGAAAUCAACAUCUGGCUUCGAUAUUGGACCGGGAACAGACUCGAGAUUGGGCGGAGUUCCAUCUCUGUUCACAGUGCCGCAGACUGGUUCGCUGUUUGGUCCUGGAAGCACUUUUCUUGCUCCUGGUGCAUCAAGUGCGCUUAGUCGAGGAACUGUGGCGCCCGGCGCAAUUGGUGCAGCAGCUCAAGGGACCUCUGCAGCAACGGUGUCUGCCAAGCUGCGUCAGACGUUGGAAGCACAGAAGGCUGCUGUACUAGCCGCGAAAAUGAAGGCAGCGGACUCAGGCGUAACUGGAACUUCGAAUUCCGCUUUGUUGUACCAACAGCACGCUCGCGCUGAACCUAUGCCAUCGGGAUCACUACACAGGCAAUACCAAGGACCGUACAGCCACUUGCAUCCUGACGUAGCCAUGGAUUCCAAUGUAUGAUGUUAAUCUGAUCUCUACCGCUCAGUGCAUUUCGAGAACUCCUUCUUUGAAUCUACCGUAUUGUUUACAUCACUCACCGUUCACUUGCUGAAAGUAUCGAUCCGCAUACGCAGGGACUCUACAGUUGUUACGAUAUUUGUACGGUUGGAUGCUUGUGUACCUAUCUAUUAUGCCAAUUCUACUGUGCCAAAGGGCCAACUGCUUUUGGCCACACGAUUGUAACCAACUAUUUCGGUGUUGUAUUGUGUGGAUGUUUAACAAUUGUGAUGUAUUACCAUUCAUAAUAUCGUACUGCCUCUGCAAGCA